UGAUAGUACUACUGGUACCUCUUGUGAGAAUGAAGAAGGUAAUGAAGUAACAGACAGUCCCGUCAAUCUCAAUAACUCAAACCGGAGGUCUUCUGAAAUGGUUGGUCCUGGCAGUCAUCGUUCAGCACUGACUGAAUGCCCAGAGCCAAUACAAUGCAUCUGGAAAACAAGUAUUGGAGAGGCACCCCAUGCAGUCCACCUAAAGACAAAGUUAAAAAUCCUGCUUGAUCCUCCAAGGCCCUUGGGAGGAGACAUCAAGUCUCUUGCUGAUGCCUUCGGGUACACUGGUAUACAAAUACAUUACUUGACAACAAUACGAGAUCAGUCAGCAACUGAACAACUGUUGAGUGCUGAAGGACACCACAGUAUUGAACAUCUUCUGGACAAACUGGAUUCCAUUAACAGAGAGGAUGCUGCUGGAGAGAUUAGAAAAUACAUUAGGUUGCAGAAGUGCAAGUGUGAAGGUUGUAAAAACGAGCUUUGUUGAUUUUAACUAUUUUGACUGAGUUUUAUUGUAUGAAGAGCUAUACAAGCACAAGAGAACAGAAGAUUUUGUUUUGCUUGUGGUAGCUUGUGCUUGUACUUAUGCUUGCAUUGGCUUGCGUCACUAGUGAGAAUGAAACUUAGAGGGAUGAAGAUGACUGGGCAUAUUGCAUAUUUAUACAAUGGUUUGAGUAGUUGCAUACCAUGAAAAAUUGCACAUUGAGGCCUUUUGUAUUUUCUGGUAGACUGUUGUAUGAGCCAUCAGGAGUGAAGGAAAUUGAAAGAACAAUAUUAAUUAAUCAAUUAAUUAAUCAAUCAAUUAAUCAAUCAAUUAAUAUUAAUUAAUCAGUGUUUAAAAAAUGGUGUUUUGAAAAUGACACUGGUCAAAAGAUCUACUAACAAAAGGUUAAUUACAGUCAAAAUAGCUCAACCUUACCCCCCCCCCUAGAUUCCAUUAUUGGUUUCAUUAUUU